CCUGCUGUGGUUUUCUUGCCUGCAAACCUAAAGCAGCCGAAAGAGCCAGCCAGGAGCACGAUCCCAGCCUCAGCCGGAUGUUUCCUGCCCCAAAUGCUGCGGGUGGAGCUGGAAAUGAGCUGAAAACACCGCGAGAAGGGGAACAAUGAGGGCAGUCAUGUGCUGGCACCUGGGCUGUCCUUGGCUGUGGUGAAACACCUGAGAAUUUGCAAGGAGGAGCUGAAGAUCACCCAGGCUCCCCUGUGCCCGGCUUGAGUGCUCUGGGGGAAGCUGUUCCACGGCUCCCUGCCUCUCCCAUGCUUCUGGGGCACGUGGAGCCGCGCUGCUGCUGGGCAGGGGUCCCGGGGGACCUGGCUGGGGACCCAGUGUGGUUACAACAGGCAGCAUUACAUUAUCCAGCCGUUCCCAGUGUGAUGGGGGAGAGAGCUGAGAGAGAAGUGAAAUCCACAGGCUGAGUUAAAGACAGUUUUAGUAGGACUGAGAAGGAAGGGGAAAUAGUAAUGGUAAAAGAAUUAGAAUAUACAGAAUUUAGCGAUGCACGCUGGAGGGGUGCCCCCGGGCAGGCUCCUCCUGCAAAGUCCUUGACUCAGUGUAAACAGCGCUCAGCAGCCGGCUGCUAUCAGCCAGCCCGGGCUUGUCCUCCGCCCCAAACACGUGCCCCCGGCUACUAGGGGAGAAUUAUCCCAGCCAGACCUGGGACUCACUGAGGCCAUAAAUAGCCCUGGGAGGUGGCCCAGCCCUCUUCGCUGCUGGGGAAGAGAUGGAGGUAGGCUCGAUGAUGGCAUCUGGGCCGUUAAGGGCCGAGGCAAGCUCUCUGAGACCGCCGUGCAGGAAUUUUGCCCGUGGAUCCUGUCGGUGGGGCCAGAGCUGCCGCUUCUCACAUGACAGGGAAUCAGCCCGGGUCUGCAGGUACUUCCAGCGUGGGUUUUGCCGUUAUGGAGAGCAGUGCAGCUACCAGCACAUCCAGGAGGAGCCAGCACCAGUAGGGACCCAAUAUGGUCUGAUGCCUCGCUGCCACUGGGACCAGGAACCUGGCACUGAGCCCACAGCCAUGGACCGGGACCAGGGGGGAGCCCAGUGCACCACGGCCCGCAGCAUGACGUGUGCGGCCUUCAAGUUCCCCAAAGUGGAGGUAGAAGUGGAAGAGAAAGACAAGAAGAACAUCCCAGCACUUGGUAACGUCCCCCGUGAGGCCAUCAGUGGAGAGUUUGUCCCCACAAAAGCUCGGAGUGCCUCAGGCUUCCAGCCACAAGGGCCAGCACUGGAUCCAGACUCCUCUGACCCCAAAGAGGCAGUUUUGGAGACGGCAACAUGGACUGACCCUGCAAAGGUCCCUGCAGAGCCAGGUGCUGUGGCAGCCCUGGUCACCACCGCAGCGCUGAGAGCCCAGAGUGAGGCUGUAGUGUGUGGCAUCUGCAUGGACAGGGUGUAUGAGAAGCCACUGCCAGAGGAGCGGCUCUUCGGGAUCCUCCCGAACUGCAGCCACGCGUACUGCGUGGGGUGCAUCCGCAAGUGGCGGCGCAGCCGGAACUUCCAGAGCACCGUCAUAAAGGCCUGCCCAGAGUGCCGGAUCACCUCCAAUUACUACAUCCCCCACAAAUACUGGAUCUCAGAUGUGGGUGAGAAGGAGAAGCUCAUCAGAGCCUUCAAGGCACGGACAGGGAAAAUCAGGUGCAAAUUCUUCCUCCGUGGCCACUGCCCUUUCAGAUCAGAGUGCAUCUACCUGCAUGAGCUGCCUGCCAACUGGCUGCGGCGGCACAGGCAGCGGCAGCUGAGGAUGCCCGCUGUGUUCAUCCCUUCUUCCUCGGAGAGCUCUGACGAGGAGGAUGAGGAGCUCUGCACGCUCGAGUGGGCUCUUACCCUGGCCAUGCUGGAGACAGAAUUUCCCCACUCAAGUUAUGGCCGUGAGAUGCUUCUCAUUGACUUCAGCGAUUCCGACUGAGCCGUGGGGGCCACGCUGGGCCUGGGUGCUGGUGGUGGCCUGGACACCUCCCUGGGAGGCAGAAGCGUCUGCUUAGACGCCUGCCGUUGUUUUGGGAUGGCUCCUGCCGUGGAGGUGUUGCAGGGAUGGGGUGGGAUGGGGAAGCAGUCUGUCUGGCAUUUAUGGGUGCACCGGGGGAGACUCAGGGCACAGCCCCACUGCUCUUGCCGUGGUGCCCAC